UAAAGAUUUUUGAAACACUUGAUAGAAUAUUAUGUGGUGAUAAUUUUAUUAUGUGUUGCUGGUUUAUUUAAUCAUGUUCUUAUAGAAAAUGUUAAAUUUGAUAAAGAAGCUCAAAAAUUGAUCGAUAUGGAAAUCAAUCAAUUUCUAAUAGAAAAGCUUGAAAAAAAGAAGUAUUUUCAAACAAGGAGAUGGCAUAAUAUUGAAAAUCAAAUAGAUGUUUUCAGAGGACUAGAAGAAAUUCUAUCUUUAAAUAUAUCGAAUUUGCAAGACGUUCAUUUUUUCAAGCAAGAAAAUAAUCAAUUCUAUGGAUCGGUUUUAACUCUUAACGAGAUAAUUAUAUAUCGUUUCUUUGAUAGUACCAUAGAGCAAGUGGCCUCUCGUGAACUUGGAGGUACUUCCAACUCCAGCAAAUACGAUGUCAAGUCAAAUGGAGAUGUAUUAUUUGUACGAAAAGAUACGGACGUGGCAAUUUUUAAAUUUUUCAUGGAAGGCAAUCGAUACGAAAUCGAACAGUUACAAAAAAUUACCAUUUCCGAUAUCAAAGAUGUGUUUUUCGGUCGAGGAUCAAGCAAGUUAUUGGGUAUUUCAACGCCAUCCAAGCUUUAUGUAUAUUCUUGGUCUGGAAAAAAAUUCACUUUACUUUCUAUUCUACCAUUUUCUACCGAAUCCGUGAUCCCAUUCCAGAGCAAGAAUAAUACAUCAUUCGUAACUUUGGGCGAAGAAAAGACGCGAAUCUUUCAAAGCAUCCGCGGUCAAAUUGUACCCGUUCAAAACAUACGUAGGAAAUUUCAUGACGGUGCAUUGGUGCUGUUGAAGGAUUCCAGUGACACCGAAAAUCUAUUGGCUUUAACGAAUGAAAAUCAAACAAUAUUAUAUCAUCAGAUUUACGAUAAGAUUUUCACGCCAUUUCAAGAACUUCCAGCAGCCGAUCAGGUUGAUUCAAUACAUAAUCACGGACAAACUAUUUUAUUGCUGCUGAAAAAUGAGGUUGUCAAAGUGUACUUGUACGAUGGUCACCGAUUUGUUUUGCGAGAUCACGAGCUUUUUGGCGUAGAAAAGAUCGAGAAAGAAAUUAUCAAUGACAUGGAAUACCUACUCGUAAAAUGGGCCGAUAAUACCUGGAGUUUGCAUAGGAUGCAGUGGGGUAGAAUAUCAAAACCUGAACUCCAUAGAGAAAUAUUAGCUUGGUGCUUAGCAGUUAAAGAUAGAACAAGAACCAUACCAAAAUCAUUUUUAAAUUUAGAAAAAUCUAUUCACAUUAUUGGAGGACGAAUUAGAAGGAUCAAAGCCAAAAAGAUCAACGGCAUCACUAUCGAGAAACUUGAUGAGCUGAAACAAAAUUACAUCAAUUUGAUGUCACAUUUCACUGAACUUAACACCCAUUACACUGAGUUGAGAACAGUAAAAAGUCCUGUAAAAGUUCGCACUUUUCGCGCAUCUAAAGCUCGAAUAAAUUGUUCCAACAAUCGAUGCACUGCUAAAAAUCUUGUUGUGAAACAUGAGUGCGAUUUUACGAACAAUCUAAGAAAAAUUCACGACCAUGAUGUAGAAUUAGACUACGUGCAAGUCAGGGAAAUAAGUGGAUUUCCGUGUCCUGCAGCUGGAAUCGUGUUCAAAGAUGUUAACUUUACAGGCCUGCUCAAUGGUAUUUCUUGGAUAAAUUUACUGGAAAAUACUUUGAAAACAAGCGGCGAUCAAAUUGUUACUGCCCGACAUACAUUCGACAAGUUGAUCACAUCGUCUCUCUUCGCUCAAAAUAUUGACAUAGCUUCAUCUUACACUCGUCAAUCGGUCAAAACUGACGCGAUUUAUGCUAGAGAGCUAAAAUUAAGCGAUGAUACCGGUCUUCUACCCCUGGAUGGAAAGCCAGUCAUCAUGUCGGGCACUCUGCGUACGAAAAAAACUGUACUCGCUGGACCCAUUGAACUACGCGGUGGCAUUUACGGAGCUGGUAGCAAACGAUAUUCUCCAGUGGUGCACUUCUUAGACUCGACGUAUCAACUAAACGGAGACUAUGCACUUAAUGACCUACAUAUUAUUGGCUCAUUACAAGCUAAAGAUGUUACUCGACAGAAAGGCCAAUCUUUGAAGGAAAUAAUUGAUCUAUCAAUCUCACUCGAUGCCAAUGUUCCUGUAAGAUUAAUUUUGAGUAAAGAAAAAACGAUUUGGACCAAUAUCACUGUGAAUACGUUACCGCAUUGGCUGAUGAAGACGAAUUCCCAUCCGGUCCAAGUAACGGGUUGGAAAAUUGCUCCCAAAUCUGUCAUACUGUCCAACGCUCUCGUUUCGAGAUUGCCGCUACCAAAGGUAGAAACUCGAAUAUGCAGUGUUGGCGCCAUCGCACCAGGAAUCAGAACAACGAAUCUGAGAGUUGAAAAUAUUACGGCAAAAUUCAUUUUGAGCGAUGAAGUUUUUGGCGCUGACGAACUUGAUGCUGUUUUACGAGAUUCCGUAACGUCAUUAAAACAAGUGGAUAUGUCAAAAAAACAUCUCGCGGGUAGAGUGUUCGUGAAAAAUGUUUAUAUUCAUGAUUUUGAAAAAAAUUAUGGUUUGCAGAAUUCAAAAUUCAAUUGGCUUACACCGAAAAUCAUAAAAGGACCACUACAAUUGCAAAAUUUUGAUGUCAAUUCAAUGAAUACCACAGGAACUAUGAAGUUUUAUUUACCUUAUAAAGUCAAAAAUUUAGUAGUGGGUAAAGAUUUUCAUGUUCGUAAGAUCAACGAUAUUGUUAUAGAUAAAUUAUUUAGAGAAAUCAUUUCAAAUGAUGUUCAAGAGUUUUCAGGAAAUAUAACGUUUGGAUACCUUGAGGUUGACGAACUUGAAGCUAUUAAUAGUAAUAUUGAUUUAUCAUUUCUGUAUGGUAAUAUUAAUAUCGGUAAUAAGGUAAUCGAGACCGAUUUAAUUCUCGAAAAUGACAUAACAAUAUUAAACAUAUUAUCUUUGUCUGAUAAUAUUACUACGUACAUGGUGGAAGGAUCAGUUAAAUUUAAGAAAGAACCAACUAUAAAAAAUUUGGAUGGAAAAAGUUUACCGAAAUAUAUAUCUGAAACGUGGGUUCCUUGCAGCCCUUUUCCGCAGCCACAUAAAAUUCAUAUGGCUGAUAUGAAUUUAACUCAAUCCUUAAACGGAUCUGCUUUAUUGAACUCACCAAAAUUUGGAUAUUGGAAAACUCUUCGUAAUCGAGUUCUUAGUGAAACUGAUGAUCAAGAAAUCGAUGUUCCCGUACAUUUGAGAAAAUCUCAUGUUCCUAACAUCAUCACGAAACCAGGUGUGAUUCUUUUUUGCAGUGAUGAAAAGAUACAUAAUCUUUUGUAUCAAACUUUUACAAAAGAUGAAAAACCAAUAAUAAGGAUUCCGUGGACUAUUGGUAAACUGAUUGUCGAAGGAAAUAUCAAGUUACAAGGAAAACUUAAUAAUUUCAAUUUGACUUCCGAUGUUGCGCGGUACGAUGUAGAAGAUAACUUUGUGUCGGGGGAAACAGUUGUCAAUGAACUGUUUGUUCAAAAUUUGACGAGCGAAAAUUUUGGUGAAUGGUCCAAAGAUGCUCUGUUACAGUCGAAAAGCCGUGGUUAUAACAUCAUCUCGGGGCGUAAAGUAUUCAGUACUUUUAAAACUCGCUUCAUAAACCUCGAAGGUGAUUUAAUGGGAAAGAAGAUCGAAAACUGUUUUUUAAAUGGCAGUGAUCAAGUGGUGCUAACUCCAACUUUUAUAGAAGGAUACGUUACGAGUACUUUGUUAGCCACUCAAGGUCUUGUCAAUAAUAUUAACUUGACAUCUUUUAAACACGGUUGUUUAAAGUUAUGUGAGUCAGCACAAAACGUAAAAUCAAAAAUGGUAUUCUCCGGUAAUUUUAAUAUCGUUGGAAAUCUCAUAGUUCAGGAAAAUUUUUCAAAAAUUAUUUUUAAUGAGUCCAACGAUGAAGAACACACAGCGUCAGGUUUGCUACCGUUAAUAACUGCACUCGAAGAAAUAAAACAAGGUUACAAAAAGUUUUGGUAUGCUUUCGAAUUAGAAAAAGACAUUGAUAUGCUUGGAAAAAAUCCAAUCCUCACGAACUUCAGUCACUCCAACUUUCAAGAAUUGGGUGAUUGUGUAAUAGUGCACUUUUCGAGUAUUGUAUGUAACGAACUAGAGGUUUAUCAUCUAAAAGUGUUUAUCAAUGCAACGAAUUUUUUGAUAAACAAGAUAUUAUCAUUGGACAAUGGUCCUAUUAUUAUACAAGUCAGUGCAGGAUUGAAUAGUAGAAUUACGAUUCACGCCUACAACUCCCGCACGAAGUUCUUUGACGUUGUUGCAAGUAUUCGAAGCCCUGGAAUAUUACAAGCGUCUGUUGUUGCCCAUGAGCAAAUCAUUUGGAUAGUGGCACAAAUGAGACUUAGUAUGAUGAUAGUGCGCUUCGGACCGUUUGGAGAGUUAAAAAAGUACCACCUGCCUGCAUCGCGAUUUUUUUUACUCGAUCGUGUACCUGCAAGCAAUGAGCUUGUACUUGUACGACAAGAUGGAAUGUGGAAGCUUGAUGGUCUUGAUGGUCCAAGAUGCGAAUUUCAUGUCUUAGUAAAAGCUGACCAUGUAGAGAGCUUUUCAAACAGUCAUGACUUUUUUAUAAGACUGAUUAGUGCAGGUAAUGUUUCGCUUGUGCUGAAGGCACUUUACGUUGGGGUUUAAUACUUUAUGUAAAUUUAUGUUUUUUAUGUUUUAUAUUUGUUAUUUACUGUUAUUUAC